UUGCCAUUCUCUCCGAUUCCUCUUCCACGUGUGUAGUAUCAGCUGGCCUUCGGCAGUGUUUUCAGUGUGUAUUUACCUGUGAAGUUUUAACAGAUAAGCGUGGUGCAAAACAGUGCUCACGGUGUGAAUCAGCUUCAUAAUCAUAAUUUAUCAUUCACAUUCAGACAUGGAUCGAGUUUAGUCUCGACCCAGCAGUAUUUUUUUCUCCAUUCGACGGGACAGACGGCAUUAUUGUACUCCAUUGCUCCUGGACAAAGCAUGGCUACUAUUGAGGGGAACAUCCACUUCAAUGCAGUGGUUUACAAAGACAACUCUGGAUUCCGGUACCUCCGAAAUGUGGCAAGAAACAACAAACUAUACCUGCGUUGCAUUCAGCACCCCAACUGUGGAGGAAGAGCCGUAUUGUUGGAGUGUACGUGUAGCCUAAGAGACGUGUAGUGGAAAGAUUGCUGCAAUGGCUGCCCUAAAGGUUCUCAGGAUGCCAACUUUCAACUUAACUCGACUAUUGACGCAACUAUUAUUUUUGCCUCCCAUGCAGAGUGCGGCCACACGCGUUCCCUCGAAUACUCAGGAACGAAAGGGCGAUGUAGAAGCACAAACAGAGUGGAAGCAAAAAGGAAGAAUCCAUUCCAAGAAGUCCGUGAAAGCGAAUUUGGUGGGUGGGAAGCGGUACUUGUGGUGUGCCUGUGGGUAUAGUAAGAAUCAGCCGUUCUGUGAUGGGACACACCUAUGGAAGAGAUUCCGGCUCAAAAUUAAGCAGCAUCCGGUGUUUUUCAAGGCCCCCAAGGAUAUGACAGCGUCCUUGUGUCUCUGUAAGCAAACCAACAAACCUCCGUACUGCGAUGGCACCCACCGCAGGAAGGAAGUGCAAGAGGCAGUUAUCGAGGAGCCCAAAUGAGAGGAGACGUGUUCGGAUCGAGAGCAGCAGGGUGGCAAUAGGCAGCGGAUGUCUUUGAUGAUUGAUCGAGUAAUUGAUCGAAACUGUAGCACUACAGCAACCAAGACAUGUGUCGUAUGCUGUUGAUAAACUGCUGAUAAGAAGGUGGACUCGUGGAAUAGUUGUUUAUAUAUGUAUAUAUGGUAAUGACCACUCGCUACACUUAUCAAAUAUUUUGAUAGGUGUCAGUAAAUCUUAUUAUAAAUAAAGUACCUAUGACAUUUAAA